AUGGACAUCACUCCUUAUUCUACAUCUGAAGAGUCCCAUCAUUCAAAAACCAAAGUCUUUCAUUCGCCUCAAUACCUGCAGGCUACUUUUUCAUUACGAGACGACUCUACACCAACUGUCUGUCAACCGCCUCGUCAACAAUUAGAUACAGACCAUCUUUCUUCGACGUCUCCCUCAGAUGACGACCACCAAUCCUUUACCAGUCACAAAAGCCAGACUGCGCGCGAAUCUGCUUCGGAAAAGGCUAGGACCAAGAACAAAAUAGACAAGUCCAACACCAAAUCAUUUGUGAGCCUUGUUCGAGCAAAGGCACCAGAAGCCAGGAGCCGACUUGCUGCUGCACGCCUUUUUGCUCAUGACGUUCUCGCUCUCGCGGCAGACACUCCUGACCGAUUCAUACCGAGGCGGUCGGAUCAUAGUAUCUUUACAACAAAACACCGUAUUAGAAAGGAUCCCUGGGAUCUCACAGUCAACGAAAAGCUUCUUCGUCAACAAGAGUGCAGUGAGAAUCCAUUCGAUCGUCGACCAUCUCAGGGCAUACUGCCAUCCAGCCUACUUAAUCGUAGAGGCCUGCUUCAAGCCCCACACAUGUCACCCCAUCUUGUUGAUGAUCAAGCCCUUCCAAGUCAGCAAUCUUCUUCCACUGGGCGAAGGAUCACUCCCCGUCAAGUGAGUGUCGGGGGCAUCUGGAACGUGGGUGGAUCUUCCAUUGCAACCGGAGACCCUAGGCUGGGGUCGACAUAUGAGCGGGGAGACAUUUAUGAGGAUAAAGCCGCCACUCCAAUACAUGUAGCACGGUACGAGUAUAGCACGCACAUUUCUUCUUCGGAAGACCUCGAAAUGAACCAGUCGAGAUUGGCAAUUGCUUUUGAUGUUGACUUGAUUCGCCCGCAACUUACUAUUUGCAAGCUCACCACACCAAACGAAACCAGACUGUCCCCUUCCUCUCCACAGUAUGAGAGAUUUAAAUGCCCUCUGGUAUGGAAAGACUGUGAGUGGAAAAGGGCUGAGUUGUCAAACUUUCAUACUAAGCGACGUCGAUCUAAGAAAGCAAAAGAACGCGUACCUUUUUGCAUUCUGGUCACCCCCGGUAUACUGGAUGACUUCUAUUGUAGCGUUCUUGCUUACAGCCAUACAAUCAAGAUCCUCGCAUACGCUAUCAUGGACAUUGUCUAUCUAUGGUCAACAUCAACAUGCCGAGCUGUAGCGGCAUUCCCAGCUGGCCAUCCUAAUUCAGAUCACGUAACAGCGUUGUCUUUCUCGUCACCAGAAGGCCAAAAAGGUAUUCUGGCAGUCGCAACUUGGCGUGGGUAUCUGUACCUCUGGAGCCUUGUCAAGCCUCAGCCACGGCGGAUAUGGCAGUAUCACAUUUCGAUAAGUUGUGUUGCUUUCAAACAAACUACAACUCGACGUCUAUCUACAAUAUUCUCGGGCACAGAGGCCUUUGUCGAAGAUUUAGUUGUUGGUGACAGGGCCGGCAUCAUAUGGUAUUAUUGUGUCGAAUCAUCCAACUUAGACACUCUUUCAAAGGUGACACUUUUAGCCAGAAUUGAUGCCCACUGUGGGUGUAUUUGUGGCAUAUCCUGGUCUCCAGAUAACAAGUAUCUUGCUACUAGUGGUGAUGAUGACGCUUGUCUACUGUUUGACCUAAAUCGCAUCUUGGGCGGACAUCACUCAGAAGGGUCUCCAUUGAUUGGAGAUUAUUUGCUUCCUGGAGUGCAGCCACUCGAAGCAGAUUCAUACUCAAUGACUGGUAUACGGUUCCUUCAUAUUUUUAGAAGACUAUCCCGCUUGGCAACCGGAUCUUCACUUUCGAGGAGGUCUCGGUCAGCGCCUAACUUGGUACAUGAAUCGUCAACCUCAGACAACCUGGAACAAAGCCUGAGGGCUGGGCUUGAUAUGAAUCAGAACCGGCCUGAGCGAAGACCGGAAGCUUGGAGACAGCGGCGCUCAUCAUUUACAGGGUCAAACAUAUCGGACAAUUUUCAAGCGGCAAGAAUCUUGGGAUUGCAAGAUUUCCUCCCUGGGCUGUCCAUCGGCCCGUUAGAUUCGCAAGGUGUUCAAACUGCAAAGGGCAUACCUUAUAAUAGCCAGAAGCACCGGUUCAUGCAUCGCUCAGCGGUCAAAGCAAUCGCUUUUGCGCCGUGGCAACCAACGCUCCUUGCUACGGGAGGUGGCAUGAGUGACCGUACAGUUCAUUUUUAUCAUACACCGUCUGGUAGCUGCUUGGCCAAAAUCUAUGUGUGGGCACAAAUAACAGGCCUGGUAUGGAGCACCACUCAACGAGAAAUUGCCGUCAUCCUCGGGUUCUCCGAAGGGGAGCACCCUUUUCGCAUUGCAGUAUUUGCCUGGCCCAGCUGCGAACAGACUGCAGCCAUACCGUGGAACAUCAAUUUGUAUGGACAGGUAUUUCCGGACUUGCAUGUAUCAGAGAGGGCUCUAGCAGCCAUAAUUAUCCCCCGUUUCAGAUGCCCGCCAUGUGAUGGCGAGGGUGACGCAUCCUCGGCAGACGAUGAAUGUAUCGCGAUUAUUUCCAAGGGGCAUAUCAGAUUCUACCGAAUUUGGAGCAAGACUCGAAAAUCCUUUGGCGGGUCUGCUGGUAUCCUGCACAGCGCUAUUCUGGAGUCACUUGACGGUAUUGAGAAUCCAGGGAAUGAGGUUAUUCGAUAA